AUGGGUAGCUACUACGGCCCCUACGAGGCGUCCUCCUCCGACAUGCUCCACACGCAGCACCCCACCGACUUCGAGAUGGAUCAUUUCCUGUCGCUUGGGAGUUCCCCCCUGCUAGGCCCAACCGGGAAAGGAUUAGGGGGCGGCAUGAAGGAACUGGGGGACAGCCUCGAUGCCGACGCAGGGGGACGCACUGUGCGAGCUGGGAGAGUUUCCAUGUUCGGCGAUCUUGUGCCGAUCAGCGAGGCAUACCCGGUUCCCAACUCCGAACCUCUAACCUCGUUUCUCAACGGGCCGGAUGGGCACGCCCCGGGGGACGAAGCGUUCGGCAAGUCGCUGCACGAGCCGAAUUUGCUGGAGUCGUUUCUAGAGAAGGAGCAUCCCCCCAGUGCGGCACUCCGUGAGGAUGGGGUUGAUGGGAUGCAGACCGGGGAGAGGAUGCCGCCCCCUUAUAGGGAAGGCUUUGAGGGAUCUGCACACGGGGGGCUGCGCUCUGUGCACCAGACGCGGGACUUCAUGAGCGGGGGCCACCCCAGUCAGGGAAUGUACGAUGGCUCAGUUCACCAGGCGGGGGGUUAUGAGGGUUCCGCGCACCGGGGUCACGUUUUUGAAGCGUCGGGCCACGGUUUCGAGGGGUCUGCGCACCGGGGCCAGGCGUUUGACGGUUCGGGGCAUCACAGCAGGGGGUAUGAUGGGUCCACACACCACAGCAGGGGGUUUGCAGGCUCCUCGCAUCGAGUUUCCGGGUUUGAGGGUUUGGGCCAUCACGGCCAGGCUUUCGAGGGGUCCCACCACAGCCAAGGCUAUGAGGGGUCCGUCACCGGGAUCUCGGCAUUCCCCCAGGGGGGCCAGGUGUCGAGUUCUCCACCAACCGGGGGGGUUCAGCAGCGGGGGGGGUUCGUCACAGGGGGGGGACUAUUUCUCCUCCGAAAUAGGGGGGCAAGAUGGGUCGUUCCGAGGGGGGGGGUGCUGAACUCGGUGCUAGUCCAGGGGCCAAAUUUCCUGCCGAAUGGACAGCGGAUGUGCGCAUGGCGGGGGUGCGAAAUUGCGGCUAGGGGGAGGACCGCGUUUUGCAUUGUCCACGGAGGGGGGAAGAAGUGCACGACCGAGGACUGCAGCAACGCAGCGGAGGGGAGGACAAAGUUCUGCAAGGCGCACGGGGGGGGAAAGACGUGCUCGGUGGAGGGGUGCCCAAAGAGCGCCGAGGGCAAGGCGCAAAUGUGCAUUGCACACGGAGGCGGGCGGAGGUGCAAGGCUGAGGGCUGUACUCACAGUGCGCGAGGCAGCUCCGGCCUGUGCAUACGGCACGGGGGUGGGAAGCGGUGUCAGCGGGAGAACUGCCAACGGAGCGCCGAGGGGCAUACCCAGCUGUGCAUCAGUCACGGAGGUGGGCGGCGGUGUCAAGCGCUGGGCUGCACCAAGGGCGCCCAGGGAAGCACCAACUUCUGCAAGGCGCAUGGGGGGGGGCGUCGGUGCGUCAUGCCCGGAUGCACCAAAGGCGCGGAGGGGCGGACGCCGUUUUGCAAAGCGCACGGGGGGGGCAACCGCUGCAGUUACGAGGGGGGGCAGGCCUGCACGAGAAGCGUCCAUGGGGGGACCAAGUUUUGUGUAGCGCAUGGAGGCGGGAAAAGGUGUAAGUUUUUGGGGUGCACCAAAAGCGCCCGCGGUCGGACCGACUUCUGCGUGCGACAUGGCGGCGGCAAGCGCUGCGUUGCGCCAGGCUGCGACAAGUCCGCGCAGGGGAAAACGGACCUGUGCAAGGCGCACGGGGGCGGGAAGAAGUGCCAAUACAAGGCCGACGAUUUCCUCUCUCCUUGCGAGCGUUUUGCUCGCGGGAAGACGGGCCUUUGCGCCGCCCACAUGGCUCUGAUGAAGAAGAAGGAAAAGGAGCAGGCGGAGGAACUAGGCGUGCCGGAAAAUGGAAUGCAGCUCGGCACGCCAGGGGGGCCGCAGGGGCUGUGGAUGCGCGCGGGGGGAGAAGGGCCGGAGGCUAACCAGCUGUUCUACCACGUUUUUGCGCCCAACGAUCAGUUCGGGGCGGCGAGGGCACAGGUCGGGGUUGACGAGUUCGAGGACCAGAAGAUGCCGUUUAUCGCAAUGCCGCUUGGGCCGCCGGACGCGGACUCGAACAAGUUUGGCGAGGGCCGCGUGCGCGGCGGGGGUGGCGCCGCGCAGCUGCUGAACGCGCCCCCGGUCUCGUCGGGGCUCGCCGACAUGGACGUCCAGAAGCUGGACGAAGUGAAUGCGUUCCGGCAAGCGGAGGCCUCUCGGAUCGUUUCGCUAUACAACCAGAACGCGAGCCCCGACGUUCGGCAUGUCGUGGGUGCUGCGCACGAGACGCUGUCGGCCGGGGGGGGCGUUUUUGGCUGGGCGAGUCACCGGGGGCAGGAGGGUGUUGCGGAAAGCGGGCCGGAGUCGGUCGGGGGGUCAAGUUCCGGUCGGUUAACGGACGCGCUUUUCUCAGAGGCGUAUCCGGGAAGCGGGGACGAGCGCGUGAGGGGGGAGUCGAGCGUGCUGACGUGGCUACAGUCGGGUCUCCCCCUGGAAAAGUUGUCGAGCGGGUACGGGUUUUCGGAUUCGGGAAGCAGCCACGGGGGCGGGGGGGGCAGCACCCAUGCGGGGAGUCUGUUCACCAGUCACCUCGGCGGAGGCGGGCAAAAGGAAGAGGGUAGCAAGCACGGCGGCGACGAAAUGGGGGGGUCCAGAGGUUUCGUCGGCCAUGAAUCGAUGAACCUUUCGAACUCUGGCAGGGGGUUGUCGAGGGGGACUAACAGCAGUGGAAUUGUGGAUCCGUCUCAGGGGGGAAUGAGCUCGCAGGGGUCUGCACACAUGGGCGCCCCCCUGCCGACGGUUGAGGCGUUUUUGGCAGGGUUCGAAGCCGGGCGGAAGCGAGGGGGGGCGGGCUCGAGCCUCAGCGCAGGGGCUGUUCGCAACCCCCCGAGAGGGGGUGCGUUUCAAAGUUUCAGCGAUGGGGGCCUCCUCUCACGGCGGCCGUUCAAGCCCGACCUGCGGGGUUGGGAGUUUGGGGUCAACAAUAACCAGCCCGGGUUAGGCCAUGAGCAGGGUCCCAGCGCCCACAACUCGCAUGGGUUAGGGACUAACCCGGGUCCCGGGGCCCGGGAGGCGCUGGGGAGUCUCCGAAGGCUGCAGGAGCGGCAGUGGCAGGAGGUGCAGCGUGGGCGGGCCUCGGGUGACGUCAGCAUGAUGGACCAAGUGGCGUCAUUGAGUUCGCCGGUGUGGCUGGCGGACGAUGCGGGUGAGAUGCCACCCCCUCGGAGCGCGGGCGGUGGCCGGGCCCAUGGGUACGGGGGGCCGUUCAUGACGCGGCGCUCGCGGGAAGAUUUGCAGCAAGCUCCUCCGGCGAGCGGAGGUGCGCCGUUUUUGGAUGCGCCGCGGCGGUUCCAUUUUGACGCGGACUCCGACCAGGAGACCUCGACGUUUGCUGGGAGCAUUCUCACGCACGGCGGUCUCGGGGAGGACGAAAGCGUGCGGGGAGGGAACGCGUUUUACACGGACGAGCCGCUCGCCAGCGAGACGCUGAACCAUUUGAUGCUGAGGGACGAGCCGGAGCGUGCGCCGAGCCCGGCAACAGUGGCGUUUGUUGCAACUAGCAUGAUGGACUCACCGGCGGUCGCGCCGCUACCGAAGAGCCUCGAGGGGUUGGGGCCGGACGAUCUUGGGCCGGAUCUGGAGCAUGGGACAUUUAGCGGGAUGAUGGCGUCGAUAAUCAACAACAGCCCGCAGCUGAACGUGCAGUUCCAACCGACCUCCGUGGGGAUGCAGAAGCUAGAUCUGCCGGAGCCUGCUGCUGACAACGUGUUGAGCAACGUUAGCGGGGUAUUUGAACAUGUUUGAGGACCCCCUGUCUACAAGUCAGAAACGACUGCUAGGCCGGUAGCUGUAGAUUGAAUAGACGUAAGCCGCAUGAGAAGCGUAGGGGAAGCAAGCACAUUGUACGGGUCCUUCGAACGUUUGAAACUUGAAGCAUUUCAAACGAUUCUUGGGCAUGAGGCGUAGGUCUAAACUUAAGGAAAAGGUUAGAGAAAUUGUCGCAUUAUGGUGUAUUGGAGCCGCUCUUUAAAAAGCGCUAAUGAUUAUACCAGUUGUAGAUCUAUUAAAAUAAGGUAGGAUGUACAAAACGUAGAUCCUAGUUUUGAGUUUCUCUUUUGGUCCGACGAGCAAGACCUCAAUUGACAUUGUAUUGAGUCCGUGCCUUUCUGCGCGGGGCCAUGAUCCUGAUUGACAGGAUGAUCUAUUAUUAAAGGUCUC